UGCGGGGAGGGCCGCUAGUCGGCCGGCGACGGCGCUGCGUCACGGGCUUUCAGGCGCUUCGCUCUUGGAGACGGCGACGGCUGUGGGCCUCGGCUCUGGCCUCCCGCGCCCUGGGAGUCAGGUCGGUGGCGCGAUGAGGCGCAGCAAGGCCGACGUGGAGCGGUACAUCGCCUCGGUGCAGGGUUCCGUCCCAUCGCCUCGAGAGAAGUCAAUGAAAGGAUUCUAUUUUGCAAAGCUGUACUAUGAAGUUAAAGAAUAUGAUCUUGCUAAAAAAUAUAUAACUGCGUAUAUUAAUGUGCAAGAAAGAGAUCCCAAAGCUCACAGAUUUCUUGGUCUUCUUCAUGAAGUGGAGGAAAAUAUAGACAAAGCUGUUGAAUGUUACAAGCGUUCAGUGGAAUUAAACCCAACACAAAAAGAUCUUGUUUUGAAGAUUGCAGAGUUGCUUUGCAAAAAUGAUGUUACUGAUGGAAGAGCAAAAUACUGGGUUGAAAGAGCAGCCAAACUUUUCCCAGGAAGUCCUGCAAUUUAUAAACUAAAGGAACAGCUUUUAGAUUGCAAAGGUGAAGAUGGAUGGAAUAAACUUUUUGACUUGAUUCAGUCAGAACUUUAUGCAAGACCUGAUGAUGUCUAUGUGAACAUCCGACUAGUAGAACUGUAUCGCUCAAAUAAAAGAUUGAAGGAUGCUGUGGGCCACUGCCAUGAGGCAGAGAAAAACAUAGCUCUGCGUUCAAGUUUAGAAUGGAAUUCAUGUGUUGUACAGACCCUUAAGGAAUAUCUGGAAUCUUUACAGUGUUUGGAGUCUGAUAAAAGUAACUGGCAAACUACUAAUAAAGAUUUACUUCUGGCCUAUGCUAACCUUAUGCAUCUUACGCUCUCCACUAGAGAUGUGCAAGAAAGUAGAGAAUUAUUGGAAAGUUUUGAUAGUGCUCUUCAGUCUGUGAAAUCUUGUGUGGGUGGAAAUGAUGAACUCUCAACUACCUUCUUAGAAGUAAAAGGACAUUUCUACAUGCAUGCUGGUUCUUUGCUUCUGAAGAUGGGUCAGCAUAGUGAAGUGCAAUGGCGAGCUGUCUCUGAGCUGGCUACAUUGUGCUAUCUCAUAGCAUUUCAGGUUCCAAGACCAAAGAUUAAGUUAAUAAAAGGAGAAGUUGGACAAAAUCUGGUGGAAAUGAUGGCCUGCGAUCGUCUAAGCCAAUCAGGACACAUGCUGCUAAACUUAAGUCGUGACAAGCAAGAUUUUUUAAAAGAGGUUGUAGAAUCCUUUGCCAAUAAAAGUGGGCAGUCUGCAUUGUAUGAUGCUCUGUUUUCUAGUCAGUCACCUAAGGAUAGAUCUUUUCUUGGUAAUGAUGAUAUUGGAAACAUUGAUGUACAAGUGCCAGAGCCUGAUGAUUUGGCUAGAUAUGAUGUUGGUGCCAUUCGAGCACAUAAUGGUAGUCUUCAGCACCUUACCUGGCUUGGCUUACAAUGGAAUUCGUUGUCUGCCUUACCUGCAGUUCGGAAAUGGCUAAAACAGCUGUUUCAUCAUUUGCCCCAGGAGACCUCAAGACUUGAAACAAAUGCACCUGAGUCCAUAUGUAUUUUAGAUCUUGAAGUAUUUCUACUUGGAGUAAUAUAUACCAGCCACUUACAAUUAAAGGAGAAGUGUAGUUCUCACUGUAGCUUCUAUCAGCCACUAUGCUUGCCACUUCCUGUUUGUAAACAGCUUUGUACAGAAAGACAAAAAUCUUGGUGGGAUGCAGUUUGUAAUCUAAUUCACAGAAAAACAAUACCCGGAACCACAGCAAAAUUGCGACUUCUAGUUCAGCAUGACAUAAACACACUAAGGGGCCAGGAAAAGCAUGGCCUUCAGCCUGCCCUGCUCGUGCAUUGGGCAAAAUGCCUUCAGAAAACGGGCAGCGGUCUUAAUUCUUUUUAUGAUCAACGGGAAUACAUAGGCAGAAGUGUUCAUUAUUGGAAAAAAGUUUUGCCAAUGUUGAAGACAAUCAAAAAGAAGAGCAGUAUUCCUGAGCCUACGGACCCUCUGUUUAAACAUUUUCAUAGUGCAGACAUUCAGGCAUCUGAAGUUGGUGAAUAUGAGGAAGAAGCACACAUAACAUUUGCUAUAUUGGAUGUAGUUAAUGGAAAUAUAGAAGAUGCUAUGACUGCUUUUGAAUCUAUAAAAAACGUUGUUUCUUACUGGAAUCUUGCACUGAUUUUUCACAGAAAAGCAGAAGACAUUGAAAAUGAUGCCCUUUCUCCUGAAGAACAAGAAGAGUGCAAAAAUUACCUGAGAAAGGCCAGGGACUACCUAAUAAAAAUUUUAGAUGACAGUGAUUCCAAUCUUUCAGUGGCCAAGAAGUUGCCUGUGCCACUGGAGUCUGUAAAAGAGAUGCUUAAUUCGGUCAUGCAGGAACUUGAUGACUAUAGUGAAGGAGGUCCUUUUUAUAAAAAUGGUUCUUUGCGAAAUGCAGACUCAGAAAUAAAACAUUCUACACCAUCUCCCAGCAUAUAUUCUCUAUCACCAAGUAAAAGUUACAAGUAUUCUCCCAAAACACCACCUCGAUGGGCAGAAGAUCAAAAUUCUUUAUUGAAAAUGAUCUGCCAACAAGUAGAGGCCAUUAAGAAAGAAAUGCAGGAGUUGAAACUACAUAGUAGUAACUCAGGGUCCCCUCAUCGUUGGCCUCCAGAGAAUUAUGGACCAGAUUCAGUGCCUGAUGGAUAUCAGGGAUCACAGACUUUUCAUGGGGCUCCACUAACAGUUGCAACUACUGGCCCUUCAGUAUAUUAUAGUCAGUCACCAGCAUAUAAUUCCCAGUAUCUUCUCAGACCAGCAGCUAAUGUUACUCCCACAAAGGGUCCGGUUUAUGGCAUGAAUAGGCUUCCACCUCAACAACAUAUAUAUGCCUAUUCCCAACAGAUGCACACACCACCAGUCCAAAGCUCAUCUGCUUGUAUGUUCUCUCAAGAGAUGUAUGGUCCUCCCUUGCGUUUUGAGUCUCCUGCAACAGGAAUUCUAUCACCCAGGGGUGAUGAUUACUUUAAUUACAAUGUUCAACAGACAAGCACAAAUCCACCUUUGCCAGAGCCAGGUUAUUUCACAAAACCCCCAGUUGCAGCUCAUGCUUCAAGACCUGCAGAAUCUAAGGUUAUUGAAUUUGGAAAAUCUAAUUUUGUUCAGCCUGUGCCAGGUGAAGGAAUAAGACCAUCUUUGACAGCACCUGCACAUACAACACAGCCAACUCCUUUUAAAUUUAACUCAAAUUUCAAGUCAAAUGAUGGUGACUUUACCUUUUCUUCACCACAGGUUGUAACACAACCCCCUUCUACAGCUUACAAUAAUAAUGAAAGCCUUUUAGGUCUCUUAACUUCAGAUAAACCUUUGCAAGGAGAUGGCUACAGUGGGCCAAAAGCUAGUCAAACCAGUGGACCUCGAAAUACGUUCAGUUUUGGAAGCAAAAAUGUGCCUGGAAUUUCAUUUACUGAAAACAUGGGUCCAAAUCAGCAAAAGAAUUCUGGUUUUCGUCGAAGUGAUGACAUGUUUACUUUCCAUGGUCCAGGGAAAUCAGUAUUUGGAACACCUGCACCGGAGCUGGCCAACAAGAGUCAUGAAACAGAUGGAGGGAGUGCCCAUGGUGAUGAUGAUGAUGAUGGCCCUCACUUUGAGCCUGUGGUACCUCUUCCUGAUAAGAUUGAAGUGAAAACUGGUGAGGAAGAUGAAGAAGAGUUCUUUUGCAAUCGUGCAAAAUUGUUUCGUUUUGAUGCAGAAUCCAAAGAAUGGAAGGAACGUGGAAUUGGUAAUGUAAAAAUCCUCAGGCAUAAAACAUCUGGCAAAAUUCGCCUUCUCAUGAGACGAGAGCAAGUAUUGAAAAUCUGUGCAAAUCAUUACAUCAGUCCGGAUAUGAAACUCACACCAAACGCUGGCUCUGACAGAUCUUUUGUAUGGCAUGCUCUUGAUUACGCUGAUGAGUUGCCCAAACCAGAACAAUUGGCUAUUAGAUUCAAAACUCCCGAGGAGGCAGCACUUUUUAAGUGCAAGUUUGAAGAGGCCCAGAACAUUUUAAAAGACUUAGGAGCAAAUGUAGCCACAACAACAAAUCAGGCUAUGAGAAUUGUAAAAGAAUCCACAAGUCAUGAUAACAAAGAUAUUUGCAAAUCUGAUGCUGGAAACAUGAAUUUUGAAUUUCAGAUUGCAAAGAAAGAAGGGUCUUGGUGGCAUUGUAACAGCUGCUCAUUAAAGAAUGCUGCAACUGCUAAGAAGUGUGUAUCAUGCCAGAAUCUAAACCCAAACAAGAAAGAACUCCUUGGCCCACCAUUAGUUGAAACUGUGUCUGCUCUUACAGCUGGCCUAGAAAAUACACCAGAUAGAUUUGCAUCAACAACUCCAAAGAAAGAAGGUCACUGGGAUUGUAGUAUUUGCUUAGUGAGAAAUGAACCUACUGUAUCUAGGUGCAUUGCAUGCCAGAAUGCAAAGGCUGCUAACAAGAGUGGAUCUUCAUUUGUUCAGCAAGCUUCAUUUAAAUUUGGCCAGGGAGAUCUUCCUAAGUCUGUUAACAGUGAUUUCCGAUCUGUUUGUUCUACGAAGGAAGGACAGUGGGAUUGCAGUGUAUGCCUCGUACAAAAUGAAGGAAGUUCUACAAAGUGUGCUGCCUGUCAGAAUCCAAGAAAACAGAAUUUAUCUACUUCUUCUGUUUCAGCUCCUGCUUCCUUUAAGUUUGGUACUUCAGAAAUAAGUAAAACCCCAAAGAGUGGAUUUGAGGACAUGUUUGCCAAGAAGGAAGGACAGUGGGAUUGCAGUUGCUGCUCAUUACGAAAUGAAGCAAGUGCUACAGUAUGUGUUGCUUGUCGGAAUCCAGGUAAAUUGAGUCUAUCCACCUCUGUUCCAGCACCUGCCUCUUUUAAGUUUAGUACUUCAGAGACAAGCAAAGCUCCAAAGAGUGGAUUUGAAGGCAUGUUCACCAAGAAGGAAGGACAGUGGGAUUGCAGUAUUUGCUUAGUGCGAAAUGAGGCAAGUGCUACCACUUGUGUUGCUUGCCAGAAUCCAAGUAAACAAAAUCAGCCUACUUCUGCUGUUCUAGCGCCUGCCUCAUCAGAUACAUGCAAGGCUCCAAAGAGUGGAUUUGAAGGCAUGUUCACCAAGAAGGAAGGACAGUGGGAUUGCAGUAUUUGCUUAGUGCGAAAUGAGGCAAGUGCUACCACCUGUGUUGCUUGCCAGAAUCCAAGUAAACAAAAUCAGCCUGUUUCUGCUGUUCUAGCUCCUGCCUCGUCAGAUACAUGCAAGCCUCCAAAGGGUGGAUUUGAAGGAAUGUUCACCAAGAAGGAAGGACAGUGGGAUUGUAGCAUUUGCUUUGUGCAAAAUGAGAGUUCUUCCAUAAAAUGUGUGGCUUGUGAUGCCUCUAAACCAACUCAUAAACCUAUUGCAGAAGCUCCUUCCGCUUUCACUUUGGGCUCAAAAACUAAGUUAAAUGACUCUUCUGGAAAUCAAGUUGGAACAGGAUUUAAAAGUAACUUUUCUGAAAAAGGUUUUAAAUUUGGUACUGCAGAACAAGGAUUUAAAUUUGGGCAUGUGGAUCAAGAAAGUACACCUUCAUUUACAUUUCAGGGUUCUUCUAAUACAGAUUCUAAGUCAACAAAAGAAGGAUUUAGUUUUUCUGUCCCUAUGUCUGCUGAUGGAUUUAAAUUUGGCAUUCAGGAGUCUGGAAUUCAAGAGAAGAAAAGUGAAAAGCCCCUUGAAAAUGAGCCUGGUGUUCAGGCUCAGGAUAUCAGUAGUCAGAAGAAUGGUAGUAGUGUAAUUUUUGGUCAAACUGGUAGCACUUUUACCUUUGCAGAUCUCGCAAAAUCAACUUCAGGAGAAGGAUUUCAGUUUGGCAAAAAAGACCCUAAUUUCAAGGGAUUUUCAGGUGCAGGAGAAAAAUUAUUCUCAUCACAAAGUGGUAAAAUGGCUGAUAAAGCUGACACUUCUGCUGACCUUGAGAAAGAUGAUGAUGCCUAUCGGACCGAGGACAGUGAUGACAUCCAUUUUGAACCAGUAGUUCAGAUGCCUGAAAAAGUAGAACUUGUAACAGGAGAAGAAGAUGAAAAAGUUCUUUAUUCACAGCGGGUAAAAUUAUUUAGGUUUGAUGCUGAGAUAAGUCAGUGGAAAGAAAGGGGUCUGGGGAACUUAAAAAUUCUCAAGAAUGAAGUCAAUGGCAAACUAAGAAUGCUUAUGCGAAGAGAACAGGUACUAAAAGUGUGUGCUAAUCAUUGGAUAACAACUACGAUGAACCUGAAGCCUCUCUCUGGGUCCGAUAGAGCAUGGAUGUGGUUAGCGAGUGAUUUUUCUGAUGGUGAUGCCAAACUAGAGCAGCUGGCAGCAAAAUUUAAAACACCAGAGCUGGCUGAAGAAUUCAAGCAGAAAUUUGAGGAAUGCCAGCGACUUCUAUUAGAUAUACCACUUCAAACUCCUCAUAAACUUGUAGACACUGGCAGAGCUGCUAAGUUAAUCCAGAGAGCAGAAGAAAUGAAGAGUGGAUUAAAAGAUUUCAAAACGUUUUUGACAAAUGAUCAAACAAAAGUCACUGAUGGAGAGAGUGAAUCCUCUGAUGCAGGUGCUGCCAGUGCCUCUGAUACAACCAGCAAGCCAAACCCUGAAAACACAGGGCCCACACUGGAGUGGGACAACUAUGAUUUAAGGGAAGAUGCUUUGGAUGAUAGUGUGAGUAGUAGCUCAGUACAUGCUUCUCCACUGGCAAGUAGCCCCGUGAGGAAAAAUCUCUUUCGCUUUGGUGAGUCAACAACAGGAUUUAACUUCAGUUUUAAGUCUGCUUUGAGUCCAUCUAAGUCUCCUGCCAAAUUGAACCAGAGUGGGACCUCAGUUGGCACUGAUGAAGAAUCUGAUGUUACUCAGGAAGAAGAGAGAGAUGGCCAGUACUUUGAACCUGUUGUACCUUUACCUGAUCUAGUGGAAGUGUCCAGUGGUGAGGAAAAUGAACAAGUUGUUUUUAGUCACAGAGCAAAACUCUAUAGAUAUGAUAAAGAUGUUGGUCAGUGGAAAGAAAGAGGCAUUGGUGAUAUAAAGAUUUUACAGAAUUAUGAUAAUAAGCAAGUUCGAAUAGUGAUGAGAAGGGACCAGGUGUUAAAACUUUGUGCCAAUCACAGAAUAACACCAGAUAUGACUUUGCAAAAUAUGAAAGGGACAGAACGAGUGUGGGUGUGGACUGCUUGUGAUUUUGCAGAUGGGGAAAGAAAAGUAGAACAUUUAGCUGUCCGUUUUAAACUACAGGAUGUUGCAGAUUCAUUUAAGAAAAUAUUUGAUGAAGCAAAAAUAGCCCAAGAAAAAGAUUCUUUGAUAACACCUCAGGUUUCUCGUUCAACCACUCCUAGAGAGUCACCAUGUGGCAAAAUCGCUGUUGCUGUAUUAGAAGAAACCACAAGAGAAAGGACAGAUUUAAUUCAGAGUGACGACACAGCAGAUGCAACUUCAGAAGUUGGAGAAGCGUCUAGCACAUCUGAAGCAACAACAAAAGCAGUGGUUUCUCCUCCAAAGUUUGUAUUUGGUUCGGAGUCUGUUAAAAGUAUUUUUAGUAGUGAAAAAUCAAAACCAUUUGCAUUUGGCAACAGUUCAGCCACUGGGUCUUUGUUUGGAUUUAGUUUUAAUGCACCUUUGAAAAAUAGUAGUGAAAUUAGUUCAGUAGUCAAGAGUGGAUCUGAAAGAAAAGUGGAACCUAAUUGCAAAGAGUCGAAGAAUUCAGAUGGCAAACAGUCUUCAGAUGGCAAAGUCAGAAAUCUCUUUGCUUUUCCAAAGGAAGAGUCCUCAACUAAUUACACCUUUAAAACACCAGAAAAGGGAUUUAAUUUUAGCCUUUUUAAAUCUAAUCCAAUGGCUUUUUGGACCAGCAUCCCUUCCUCACAGCCUGAGAACGAAGCAAAAGAGAAGGUAAAACCUGAAGAUCCUCCCUCAGAUGAUGAUGUUCUCAUUGUAUAUGAGUUAAUACCCACCCCUGAGCAAAAAGAUCUUGCAAGCAAACUUAAACUUCCUCCAACUUUCUUCUGCUAUAAGAAUAAACCAGAUUAUAUUAGCGAAGAAGAAGAGGAUGAUGAAGAUUUCGAAACAGCUGUCAAGAAACUUAAUGGAAAACUAUAUCUGGAUGACUCAGAAAAAUGUAGACCAUUAGAAGAAAAGCUAACAGAUAAUGAAAAAGAAUGUGUUAUUGUUUGGGAAAAGAAACCAACAGUUGAAGAGAAGGCAAAAGCAGAUACAUUAAAACUUCCACCUACAUUUUUUUGUGGAGUCUGCAGUGAUACUGAUGAAGACAAUGGAAAUGGGGAAGACUUUCAGUCAGAAUUUCAAAAAGUUCAGGACUCUCAAAAAUCCCAGAGUGAAGAAAUAGCUAACAUGGCUGAACGUAUGUAUACACGUGGGAGUAAAGUGACUGCACCAUUUUUAUGUAAAUCUGAAGAACCUGGUUUUAUUACCAAAUCUGCUAGUUCACCACCUGUUUCUUCUGGAACUGUGGAUAAACCUGUAGAUUUGUCUGCUAGAAAGGAAAAUGAUGCAGAUUCUACAAGCCAAGUGGAAAGCAAAACAGUUUCAUUUGGAUUUGGAAGUAGCGCGGGACUGUCAUUUGCAGACUUGGCUUCCAGUAAUUCUGGGGAUUUUGCUUUUGGUUCUAAAGAUAAGAAUUUCCAGUGGGCAAAUACUGGAGCAGCUGUGUUUGGAGCACAGUCAACCAGUAAAGUUGGCGAAGAUGAAGAUGGUAGUGAUGAAGAAGUUCACAAUGAAGAUAUCCAUUUUGAACCAAUAGUGUCAUUACCUGAGGUAGAAGUAAAAUCUGGAGAAGAAGAUGAAGAAAUUUUAUUUAAAGAGAGAGCCAAACUCUAUAGAUGGGAUCGAGAAGUCAGUCAGUGGAAAGAGCGUGGUAUAGGAGACAUAAAGAUUCUUUGGCAUACAAUGAAGAAUUACUACCGGAUCCUAAUGAGAAGAGACCAGGUUUUUAAAGUGUGUGCAAACCAUGUCAUCACGAAAACAAUGGAAUUAAAACCCUUGAAUGUUUCGAACAAUGCUUUAGUUUGGACUGCCUCAGAUUAUGCUGAUGGAGAAGCCAAAGUGGAACAGCUUGCAGUAAGGUUUAAAACCAAAGAAAUGGCUGAUUGUUUUAAAAAAAAAUUUGAAGAAUGUCAACAGAAUUUAUUGAAACUCCAAAAAGGACAAGUAUCACUGACAGCAGAGUUAUCGAAGGAGACAAAUCCUGUGGUGUUUUUUGAUGUUUGCGCAGACGAUGAACCUCUAGGACGUAUAACCAUGGAAUUAUUUUCAAACAUUGUUCCUCAGACUGCAGAGAACUUCAGAGCACUCUGCACUGGAGAGAAAGGCUUUGGCUUCAAGAACUCCAUUUUUCACAGAGUAAUUCCAGAUUUUGUUUGCCAAGGGGGAGAUAUCACCAAACAUGAUGGAACAGGAGGACGAUCUAUCUAUGGAGAUAAAUUUGAAGAUGAAAAUUUUGAUGUGAAACAUACUGGUCCUGGCUUACUAUCAAUGGCCAAUCGAGGCCGGGAUACCAAUAAUUCUCAGUUUUUUAUAACACUGAAAAAAGCAGAACAUUUGGACUUUAAGCAUGUAGUAUUUGGGUUUGUUAAGGAUGGCAUGGAUACUGUGAAAAAGAUUGAAUCAUUUGGCUCUCCUAAAGGGUCUGUUAGUCGAAGAAUUAGUAUCACAGAAUGUGGACAGAUAUAAAAUCAUUGUUUUUUCUAGUAAAUUUUACCUGUAUAAACAGUUGAAUUGAAGCUUAGCUGUUGUGACAAUAUGGUAAUAAUUAUGUUCAGCUUUUGAAAAUGGACGUUUCCAAUGUAUAAAUGUACAAUUGCAGCUUAUAGCUGUUGUCACUUUUUAAUGUGUUAUAAUUGACCUUGCAUGGUGUGAAAUAAAAGUUUAAACACUGGUGUAAAUCAGGUGUACUUGUGUUUAUGUACUCCUGACAUAUCUGUAUUAAAAUGGAAUAAUACUAAUCUUGUUAAAAGCAAUAGACCUUCUCAAACUAUUGAAGGAAUAUGAUAUAUGCAAUUUAAUUUUACCUUUUAAGAUACUGAAUUUCCUGCAUGGAUAAAUUUACCAUUUGAAUAAAGGGACCACAACUUGGAUAAUUUUUAUUUUAGAUUUGAAAUAUAUUUGGUAAUUUUAAA